AUGGAGGGCUUCCAGCAGGCAGCGGCGCCAGGAAGGCAAAAGUCACCCAGAGGGUCCUGUGGGGAGAAACGAAAGGAGAAGCUCCCUCGGUCCUGGAAGAACAUUGGUCUGGGCUUCGAGACCUCCACAGAGGCCGUCGAGGGCACGGAUAUUGACAGUGAAUGCCCCUGCACUGGCAAUGUCUGCAUCCAAGGCCGGAUCCUGUCUGGUGUGGUGACCAAGGUGAAGAUGCAGAGGACCAUUGUCAUCCACCACAACUAUCUCCACUACAUCUGCAGAUACAAUUGCUCUGAGAAGCACCUUAGGAACAAGUCUGUGCACCCAUCGCCCUGCUUCAGGGACGUCUAG